AUGAGUGAUUCCAAAUUUAUCCCUUUGAAUGACAACAAGGCUUUUAAAGAGGCAGCACCCGAAGCACUCCAGGGUCAUGACUUGCCAGCUAUUGAUACAGGGAAUAAUAUCAAGUGGAGAAAUUUGAGAAGUCUUCUGCCUGAUAUUCAUCUUGCUCGACUGCUCUUCGAACAUUACGUUCAGACAUCAGACUGUCUGCACCGCGAGAUUCAUGUUCCAUCCACGCGUGCCCUUCUGGAGGCUAUAUAUAAUGAACUAAUGGGAUCAAACAUGGGGCUAGAUGAAACGAUUGCCUUCUUCCUAUCCAUCUUCGCAUCCAGUACAUUUUAUGUCUGCCAUUCACACUCUCACCCUCACUCAAUCUCUGACCAACUGAAGAAUGCAUCGCAGUGGCACAAUGCAUGGAAGGAGGCAGUUAUAUUUGAAGUAUUGCAGCCAGAUGUGGUGCGCUCGUCCUCACUAGUAUCUCUGCAGACAAUAUCGAUCAUGACAUAUUUAAUAUGGGACACGGAAGGCCAAUCAUCCAUGUUUCAUGCCCUAAGAAGUAUCGCACAUACGAAGGCGAUUCAAUUGAAGAUCCAUCGCCUUGACGCGCACCCUCCAGCAGAAAAUGAUGAUGUUAUUGGAACUGAACUCAAGCGCCGUCUCUGGUGGCACCUCGCGUCUACUGACUGGCUUGUUGCCAGUGUCCCAGGAAGCCAGGAGGGACUAUAUAGCAUCAACCCAAAGCUCAUGGCGGUCAAAUAUCCCCUCAACAUAGACGAUACCGAUAUUCGUGCAGGGGAACCAUCCCCCACUUCUCUACCCGAGGACCAGCCAACAUCAAUGUCAUUUUUCAUCCAACGUAUUAAGCUCGCUGAGCUAUGUCGAAAUAUGAUAGAUUCUAUGCAAAACGUCUACCAACGAACAGAUAUACCAGAUCACGAACAAAUCCGCCGGAUUGUCGCCCGUUUUAACUCAUUCGAAGCAAGCCUGCCAUGGUUCUUCCAGAUGGGUGAAGAAAACACAGAUGAAGCAACGGUAUUGGCUGCCCGCCGCCCCUAUAUUCUCCGGCAAAGGCAUGUGCUAUUGUUUGGGCUAUACUCACGAGUUGGCCGUCUGCUAAGGCCACUUCUUAUUCGCCGAGAGAACCAUCCAUCGUGUUCCGAUCUGGUCAAUCUUGGAAUACGCUGCGCCGAGAAGUUAUUAAAUAUUCGUCGUAGAGUCGAGCCGGAAGAUCUUUGCCUUUAUUUCCAUUCACACAGUAUAGACCAGCACUCUUUUGGUGCCCUGCUUCUCUUAACCAUCGAUAUUAUGCGGGAUAGCGAUGAGCCUCGUGCGCAGGACAGAAAGAAGAGUUUGAUUCGCGCGUGUGAAAUGCUGAGAGGAAAGCAGACAUCCUUAGAAAAGUCUACAAACAGCAUGAUCCGAGCCCUCGACCAAUUAAUAGGUAUCAUUCAGAAGCCAUGUCCAUCUGUGAAUGCGAAUGGUAACCAUUCUUGUCCCACGUUGCUUUCAACGCCACUUGAUAGUGUCGGGCUUCCGACACAACCCCUCUCAUCUGAAGAGACCGAGAUCCCAGGAAGGCAAACAGCGUCCACUGCGCGAGCAGAUGACCCAUUGGAACAUGCCCAUAUGCCUUUUACGUCGGCGGAUAACUUUGCGUGUGCUCCUGAACAUCGGGCCAGCACUCCUGCGGGCCAAGAUAUUACCGAGUUAUGGGCAGAAUUGCUGAAUAGCUUUCCUAGUCCUCCAGGGUUCAUAUGGGAAGAUGCAUUUGACUGGAAGUGGUCUUGA